GCCUUUUUCUAGUUGGGGAGGGGGGAGGUGGAGAAAGAAGGGUUUUUGCUUCUGAAUGGGGAAAGAGAAUGCACCAGCAGGGAAAAGCCGUGCAAGUGGAUUCUGGGAUGGUUUUCUUAGACCCCCAGACGGGUAUCCUUUCAUGGUUGGAUGCUAGCCAAGAGGAGGGGAAGAUGGAAGAGCAGGACCCAGAAGAACCUCAGGUUGGCCAGAGAUCAAGGAAAGGCAGUCUUCCCACCCAAACUGGGAGUGAUGUUGAAUUCUGGGAAAAAGCUCUGCCGGAGACCCUGGAUCAGGACACCAUGAACUCAGACGAAUACUGUCAACUCUUCCGGCAGUUCCGCUACCGUGAGGCCGAUGGGCCCCGAGAGGUUUGCAGUCAGCUGCAUGAACUUUGCAACCAGUGGCUGAAGCCGGAGAGGCACACCAAGAAGCAGAUCCUGGACCUGGUGAUUCUGGAGCAGUUCCUGGCCAUCCUGCCCCAGGAAAUGCAGUGCUGGGUCAGAGGAUGCAGGCCGGAGACCAGUUUGCAGGCAGUGGCCUUGGCCGAAGGCUUCCUCCUGAGUCAGGCAGAGCAGAAGCCGCUUGCAGAGCAGAUGUGGGGACCAUCCGUGAAGAUGGAAGCCAAGUUCUCAGAAGUGGAAGGAACCCCUUCAGAAGAAAACCAGAGGGCACAGGCCCAGGAGGGGGCCCAAGAUGCCCUGUCAAGUGCAGUAUAUGUAGAGGAAACAGGUGGGGGAUUCCAGGGGUUCCCUUGGGAAGACGUCAAGACUGAAGAUGUCGACGGAAACUUGGGAGACGGAGAUGGGCCACAGAGGCAGGAGGGAAGCCGCGCAGCAGCAGAUGAAGAGGAGACAGCCGAAGUAUUCCAGGGGUUCUCUUGGGAACAAGCCAAGAAUGAAGAUGCCGAAGGACACCUGGGUGAUGGAGGCGAACCACAGAUGCAGGAGGGAAGCCGUGCAGGAGACGAUGUGAGGAGUGAGGAAGAUGAGGAACUACAUCCUCUGUCGCCGGUAGAAGUCAAGAACGAAGACGUCAGGGGAAACGUCAACGAUCAAGACGGACCUCAGAUGGUCGAGGACAAACCCAUUCCUUGCCAAGGCGGGGAUUUCCCUGAGGUAAUUUACGAAGUGGAGGAAACAUACAAGUGCUCGGAGUGCGGGAUGAAUUUCUCAGACCAAACCCAAUACAAUGCCCAUUUACGAACACACGCUGGAAAGAAGACCCGUCAACGUCCGGAGCGUGGAAAGGCCGUGAUUCGCAGAACUCAGCCCCUUAGACGUCAAAAAAUGCGUGCGGAAGAGAAACCUUACAGCUGCUCUGACUGUAGCAAGAGCUUCUCAGAGAAACCGGACUUCGUUCGCCACCAAAAGAUUCACUCAGGCGAGAACCUGUUUAUCUGCUCAAAGACUGGAAAGACGUUCUCUUAUGGAGGAAAGGGCAACGCACAGUUUCCACGGCGCGUUAAAAGAAAAAUACAUAAGUGCUUCAAGUGCAGAAAGUACUUCAGAUACAGAUCACAGCUCCUUGUGCACCAAAGGAUGAAUAGAGGGGAGAGCCCUUUUGAGUGCCCAGAGUGUGGAAUGAAAUUCAGCCAGUGUGACCAACUUAAACAGCAUAAAAUAAACCACAGGGGGGAGAAGCCUUUCGAAUGCUCAGAGUGUGGGGUGAAAUUCGGUAGGAGUGACCAUCUCCGACACCAUCAGAGAAUCCACUCAGGGGAGAAGCCUUUCGAAUGCUCGGUGUGUACAAAGAGAUUCAGCCGAACGGACGCUCUUCAGUGUCACCUCAGAACCCACGCAGGGGAGAAGCGUUUUGAAUGCUCGGAGUGCGGAAAGAGAUUCAGUCGGCGGAGCCAUCUUCAACAGCAUCAAAAAACCCACACGGGGGAAAAGCCUUUCGAGUGCCUCGUGUGCGGAAUGAAAUUCCGUCGGAGCGAUCACCUUCGACAGCAUCAAAGAAUCCACACAGGGGAAAAGCCUUUCGAAUGCGCCGAGUGUGGGAAGAGAUUCAGUCAGACUAGCAAUCUUCAUCAGCAUGAAAAAACCCACACAGGGGAGAGAGCGUAUGACUGCUCAGAGUGCGGGGAGACGUUCAGCGACAGUAGCACUCUCCAGAAUCAUCUGAGAAGCCACGAAGAGGAGAAGCCUUUUAUAUGCUCAGAGUGUGGGAAGAGAUUCAAUCACAGUAGCACUCUUCAAAAACAUGUAAGAACCCACACAGGGGAGAAGCCUUUCGAAUGCGCCGAGUGUGGAAUGAAAUUCGGUAGGAGUGGCCAUCUUCAACAGCAUAAAAAAAUCCACGCGGGGGAGAAGCCCUUUGAAUGCUCAGAGUGUGGGAAGAGAUUCAGUCAUAGCAGCCAUCUUCAACAGCAUCAUAGAACCCACACAGGGGAGAAGCCCUUUGAAUGCUCCGUGUGUACAAAGAGAUUCAGUCGGAGUGCCGCUCUUCAGUGUCAUCUUAGAACCCAUGCAGGGGAGAAGCCUUUUCAGUGCUCAGAGUGUACGAAGAGAUUCAGUCGGAGUGACGCCCUUCAGUGCCAUCUAAGAACCCACACAGGGGAGAAGCCUUUUGAAUGCUCAGAGUGUGGGAAGAGAUUCAGUCAGAGCGGUACUCUUCAACAGCAUCUAAGAACCCACACAGGGGAGAAACCUUUUGGGUGCACAGCGUGUGGGAAGAGAUUCAGUCACAGUGGCUCUCUUAAAAAACAUCUACGAACCCACGCAGUGGAGGAGAAGCCUUUUGAAUGGUUAACAAUGUGGGAAGAGAUUCAGCUGUAGUAACCUGUUUCCGCCGCAUCAAAGAAUCCACGGAAGGGAAAACCCUUUUUGAAUUCUCAGAGUGUGAAAAGAGUCAGUGGCUGUCUUUCAACAGCACCAAAGAAUCCAUAGAUUCAAUGUUUAUUACAACCACAGUUGAGUACAAAUUCUAUAAAAAUUACCAUGAGGUUAUUUGUGGAAACGCUAUAUGAUAAAUCAGAUUGACAAGACAAGAUACAAAUGAUAAUACAGUGUGAGAAAAUCAUAGAACAUACUGAGUAGGCUGUUAUACUGAUCUUUUAAAUCAUUAUGUUAUAUAUAUCUUUGAUAUUCUCUGACGCCAACAUGCUAUGUAUAUUAUGCUGUGGAUCUUCUAAGCUAUUAUGCCAUAUAUUCCUUCUAUACAUACAUGUACUUUGAUCAAGAAAUGUCCUUAGUAUCUGUUAGAUUGCCCUUAUAUUGCGUUUUUUAGUAGUUAUACUUACCAUGCGUUUUUUCUUCCCUUUUCACCAUUCCCUUUCUUUUUUCUGUAUUCACUUCAAACUUUAAAAUAAAUUUUUUCAAAAACUUUA